GGGGGACGCAGAGGGGUCAGGAAAGCUCCCCCGAGGUCGGGCCGUCGGUCUGAUCGCGGGUCCAUCCGUCCUGCCGUCUGCCAACAGCCGCCUCCGCGGAGAAUGGGGGAACAAAGGGAGGGGGCGGUUCUGCAAACCCCGGAGGGAAUCCAGGGUCCCAGGUGCUCUGCCCCGCCCGCUGACACUUUCGGUUUUUCCCCGAGUCAGAGGCGCCGCCCGAGAGACCCUGGGCGGGCGCCGGGCGCAGCCGCCUCUCCGCGUUUGCCUGUGCGUCUUUGUGUCUGUCUGUGUCUGUCAGGCUGUCCCCGAGCUUGGCUCCACUUCUAGAACCAAGCUUCCGGCAGAGCGACAACCCGCGGACCUCAUCCCUUCCCUAUGGCAGGAUACUUGCCCCCCGCAGGCUACGCCCCUUCGCCCCCUCCUCCCUACCCGGUGACCGCUGGGUACCCGGAGCAGGUGCAGCAUCCCGGGCCCGGACCGCUCCGCCCCCUCCACUGUGGCUGCAGCUGCUGCCCGUGCGGCCUCCAGGAGAUGGAAGUGCAGUCGCCACACCAGGCACCACCAUUGGCCAUGGUGCAGACCUGGCAUCCCUUCCUCCCCAAGUUCUCCAUUCAGGACGCGGACCGCCACACCAUCCUGCGAGUGGUGGGGCCCUGCUGGACCUGCGGCUGUGGCUCUGACACCAACUUUCAGGUGAAGACCCCGGAUGAGUCCCGCAGUGUUGGCCGCAUCAGCAAGCAGUGGGGCGGGCUGCUCCAGGAAGCGCUCACGGACGCGGACGACUUUGGCUUGCAGUUCCCGCUGGAUCUGGAUGUGAGAGUGAAGGCCGUGCUGCUGGGAGCCACGUUCCUCAUUGACUACAUGUUCUUCGAGAAGCGAGGAGGCACUGGGCCCUCUGCCAUCACCACUUAGACGGCAUCUCAGGGUGAGGACCAGCAUCUCAGCCAGAACUCAAGAUGGUCACCUGGCCUGGCCCGGCCCCUCCUCAGAGGCAGCCCCUUUCCUCCAUGUUCACUGCAGAGGACAGACAGGGAUGCCUAAGAGGCUGGGGCCAUCGUGCCCCAUCCCUACCCUCCUCCCCUG